AUGCUUACGCUCUUGGUGCACGCUGAAGGAGAUACGGAGGGGCACAGCAUUCAUACAAUUCAGUUUGAUCCUCACCUCAAUGAAGUCGUUGACAUUGGAACGAACAUUGAUAUUUUAAAUUUUGAUCCUCACCUUAAUGAAGUUGUUGACAUCGGAACGAACAUUGAUAUUUUGAAUGAAACUGGUGGUGACACAACUUUGAUCACCGCUGCCCCUGCUGAUAAAGCUGCUGAGAGAGUGAGCAUUACCAUUAGUUUAUGUCAAUUUGGUGUUUGUGACCGCUAA